UUCUGCCAAUUAUUUUUAUGGGAAGAAUGUGCUUCUAGUGCCUGUCUCUAUGUUGCACACAAAAGAAAAAGCAACCAUUCCCAUGCUUUCUGCAAGCUUCUUACAGGGAGCUCUGCAUGUUUCACGGAGCAGCUGCAAAACCAUAUCGGUGCAGACUUUCAGCUUCACCUUCACAGGGCUUGAAACUAAGCAUGUGUGAAAAGGGUCCUGAUUAGAUGUUGUAUUCUGCAGCAUCAGACAAAGAAAAUAGAUGGAUAUUCCUGGUCUGUAGAGACUUUCUUGUGAUUAGAUGUUUCUUCGGUUCCAAAGCUUGCCUGUUCAGCAUUUUGUGAUCCAGAGGGUGUUCAAGAUACAUCUUGCAGUAUGCCUGCAUUGAUUUAAAGCCAGCAAGCAGAUGCAAGCCUGCAUCAAGACAGAGUGGAUGUUGCUUCUUGUGAUUUAUCAUGAAGGUACAGCUUUAUGUUUCUGAAAGCACUUGACUAGCUGGAUGUUUUUGUCUAAGCAGUAGAUUUUUUUUUUCAAAGGAAGAUUUGAAAAUCAAGCUGUCUGCUCUGUUGCUUGCUUUACCAAGUUCAGUGCUUAUCUGUUUACUUGUAUCCCAGGGACACCGUACUGUUCUUCUCUGCCUGCACCAUCUACCACUGCUGCUUCUACUACUUUCAGUCAUCUUUUGAGACUGGAUCAGGAGACUUGUUUAGCAGCAUUUGGGACUAAAAUCUCCAGCCAUUCAGUAUCCUAUAGCCCUGCUCUCAGAGCGUGAGAAGGUUUGAGUACGCUCUAAGAUUUGGAUUUAGAAUAAAGGUUUAUUGCAGGAGCAAUGCAAGUUUCCAUAGCUUGUACAGAACAUAAUUUGAAGAAUCGAAAUGGUGAAGACAGGCUUAUGAGCAAACAGAACACCACUACUCCAAAUGUAGUGAGUGCAGCCCGGGCAAAAUUCCGGACGGUGGCUAUUAUUGCUCGCAGUUUGGGGACAUUUACCCCUCAGCACCAUAUCUCUUUAAAAGAAUCAACUGCAAAGCAGACUGGCAUGAAAUAUAGAAAUCUUGGGAAAUCUGGACUAAGAGUUUCAUGCCUGGGACUUGGGACAUGGGUCACAUUUGGAGGUCAAAUUUCAGAUGACGUUGCUGAACAGCUAAUGACAAUCGCUUAUGAGAGUGGAGUAAAUCUCUUUGAUACAGCUGAGGUGUACGCAGCGGGGAAGGCUGAGGUGAUUCUGGGAAAUAUAAUCAAGAAGAAGGGCUGGAGGAGGUCCAGUCUGGUCAUAACAACAAAACUCUACUGGGGUGGAAAAGCUGAAACAGAAAGGGGGCUUUCAAGAAAACACAUUAUUGAAGGAUUAAAGGCUUCUCUCCAGAGACUGCAGCUGGAGUAUGUGGAUGUUGUCUUUGCAAAUCGACCAGACAAUAAUACCCCCAUGGAAGAAAUUGUCCGAGCCAUGACACAUGUGAUAAACCAGGGGAUGGCCAUGUACUGGGGAACCUCUCGGUGGAGUGCUAUGGAGAUCAUGGAAGCCUACUCUGUAGCAAGACAAUUUAAUAUGAUUCCACCUGUAUGUGAGCAGGCUGAAUAUCAUCUUUUCCAGCGAGAGAAAGUGGAGGUUCAACUGCCAGAAUUAUAUCACAAAAUAGGGGUUGGAGCAAUGACAUGGUCUCCACUUGCCUGCGGGAUCAUCUCAGGGAAAUACGGAAAUGGGAUUCCUGAAAGCUCCAGGGCUUCACUGAAGUGUUACCAGUGGCUAAAAGAAAAAAUUGUAAGUGAAGAAGGAAGAAAACAGCAAAUAAAGCUGAAAGACCUUCUUCCAAUUGCAGAUCGUCUUGGCUGCACACUACCUCAGCUAGCAGUUGCAUGGUGCCUGCGAAAUGAAGGUGUGAGUUCUGUUCUUCUUGGAUCUUCCAAUCCUGAGCAACUGAUAGAAAAUCUUGGAGCCAUUCAGGUUCUUCCAAAGAUGACAUCACACAUUGUAAGUGAAAUAGAUAAUAUUCUAGGGAAUAAGCCCUACAGCAAGAAGGACUACAGAUCAUAAUACAAUGCAUGAUUAAACAAGACUGCAUGGUUAAAAUAGUGCUCUGUAUAUAGUACAGUACUGAAUUAAUAUCCAGUCAUGAGAAUCAAAUUAGCAGCUUGCUGCUUAGUCUCUAUUGUUACUGGAUUUUUCAAGGUGUGCUGUUGCUACCAAUUUGCAGUAAAAUUCAAAAGCACAGU